AACCCCAGUUUGUCACCGGACACACCUGAGUGCCCCUGGAGGUGGGAGCGCAGGCUGGUGUCCGAGCCUACCCGGCUCAACCCCUGCAGGCCCCGCCCCAUUAGCCAGGUGGCCUCUGUGGCGGCCAGUCCUGGGGUCCGCCCUUCCCCGCCCCGUCUCCGCCUCCCACCCAGCCCCCUCCUCCUCAGGUGAGGCUGCAGGCUCGGCAGGCCCCACGCUGCUGGCUGCUGGCUGCCGCUGCCACCCCUGCCUGCCUCCCGCGCUGCCCGCGGCUGUGGGGACGCCAUGCCCCUACCCAGGCCUGGAGACUAACCCCAAACCUGCGCCAUCUCCGGCGGACCCCAGGGUUCCGCCCCAGCCCAACAGGUCAACCUGGGAAUCAUUAACAAGAGUCCCUGACAUGGCGAAGAAGGAGGAUGCGGAGCCGGGGGCUCACAGAAGUGGUUUCACGUGUCCAAGAUCCCAGCCAGGAAAGGGUGUCCAGACAGCUUCAUGCUGCUCCAGGCCCAAGGUGGCGGCUCUCACUGUGGGGACGCUCCUGCUGCUGACGGGCAUUGGGGCUGCGUCCUGGGCCAUUGUGACCAUCCUACUGCGGAGCGAGCAGGAGCCGCCCUACCCAGUGCAGGUCAGCCCCGGGGACUCGCGACUUGCAGUGUUCGACAAGACGGAGGGGACAUGGAGGCUGCUGUGUUCUUCACGCUCCAACGCCAGGGUGGCGGGGCUCGGCUGCGAGGAGAUGGGUUUCCUCAGGGCCCUGGCGCACUCGGAGCUGGAUGUCCGGACUGCGGGCGCCAAUGGUACGUCGGGCUUCUUCUGCGUGGAUGAGGGCGGCCUGCCGAUGGCUCAGAGGCUGCUGGAUGUCAUCUCUGUGUGCGACUGCCCUCGAGGCCGAUUUGUGACUGCUGUCUGUCAAGACUGCGGCCGCAGGAAACUGCCGGUGGAUCGCAUUGUUGGGGGCCAGGACAGCAGCCUGGGACGGUGGCCGUGGCAGGUCAGCCUGCGUUAUGACGGGGCCCACCUCUGUGGGGGAUCCCUGCUGUCCGGGGACUGGGUGCUGACAGCUGCACAUUGCUUUCCAGAGCGAAACCGGGUCCUGUCUCGAUGGCGAGUAUUUGCUGGUGCUGUGGCACGGACCUCGCCCCACGGCAUGCAACUGGGGGUUAAGGCUGUGAUCUAUCACGGGGGCUACCUUCCUUUCCGAGACCCUACCACUGAGGAGAACAGCAAUGACAUCGCUCUGGUCCACCUCUCCAGCCCCCUGCCUCUCACAGAAUACAUCCAGCCGGUGUGUCUCCCUGCUGCGGGACAGGCUCUGGUGGAUGGCAAGGUCUGUACCGUGACCGGCUGGGGCAACACACAGUUCUACGGCCAGCAGGCUGUGGUGCUCCAGGAGGCCCGGGUCCCCAUCAUAAGCAACGAGGUCUGUAACAGCCCUGACUUCUACGGGAAUCAGAUCAAAUCCAAGAUGUUCUGCGCUGGCUAUCCCGAGGGUGGCAUUGAUGCUUGCCAGGGUGACAGCGGCGGCCCCUUCGUGUGUGAGGACAGCAUCUCUGGGACCUCGAGAUGGCGGCUGUGCGGUAUCGUGAGCUGGGGUACGGGCUGUGCUCUGGCCCAGAAGCCAGGAGUGUACACCAAAGUCAUUGACUUCCGGGAGUGGAUCUUCCAGGCCAUAAAGACUCACUCCGAAGCCAGUGGCUUGGUGACUCAGCCGUGACCCAGCCUCGACGCUCUGCGCCACACAUGCUCCAGAGCCGGAGUUGGUCUGCCGGCUCCAGCCCCGCAUGGUAGGCUCCCCGGUGGGCCUCACACGGAGAAGUUUUCUUCCACAGACCCAGCCCACAGGUCCGAGGACUCUCCUCCACAGUGGCCGGCCCACUCAGCCCUCCCACACCAUGUAUAUAUAUAUUACUCUGUCCUCUGGGGCUGCUUCCCGGGCACCCCCGUGGGGAUACUCUUUAACUAAUAAAGGUGGUUUUGAUUAA